GAGAUCUGUAUUGCAAAGCAUAAUGAGAAGAUCCAGCAGCAUCACCAGAGUGAGGAGGAAUACAAAAUGCACCAUGCUGCUAAGCUAAAGCGAGAUCAAUUACAAGAUGAAGAGGAAAGAAAGAGCUCCUGGGUUAGUCAGGAACGACAGAAAACACUGGACAGACUUCGCACAUUUAAACAGCGGUACCCUGGGCAAGUAAUACUUAAAUCAACCAGACUACGGCUGGCUCAUGCAAGAAGAAAAUGUGCAGCCAGCACAGUGUCCUGUGUCGAUCAGCCUCAAUCUUUGCCAGCAGCCAUACAAAUCCAAGAGAAAAGUGAAGUGGUGGAAUUGGAAAAUGCACUUCAACCUUUGCAAGUGCAGCAAUCCACAAGCUUAGGACAACUUCAAGAUACCUCGUUACCUCCCAACGGUGUUAUCUCCGAACUGCCUCAUGUUAGUACUUCUCCACUCACUAGUAACGAGCUUCAACCAGAGACUGUUACUGUAGCACCGCUUCCACCCCCUUUGCCUCCACCACCUCCGCCUCCACCUUUGCCCUCCAAGGAAGAUGAUAACAAAUCCUUCGAGAAAAACGACAGCUUUGUUAAACGUCAGAGUGAGGAGAAGGGAGUCCAGCACUCUUGUGGUGUCCCACCAGCACAUCUGUUUGACAGCAGUCAGCUAGUCAGUGCCAAGAAGAAGCUUAAGAAGACUGGUGAGCUAGAGGGUUUACAGAGGAGGAGAGUGAGUUCCCCAAUGGAUGAAGUGCUGGCUUCCUUGAAACGUGGCAGCUUUCACUUAAGAAAAGUUGAGCAGAGAAGUCUCCCUCCUUUUCCUGAUGAAGAUGAUAGCAAUAACAUCUUGGCACAGAUCAGGAAAGGGGUGAAACUGAAGAAAGUGCAGAAAGAUGUUUUGAGAGAAUCCUUUACAAUUCUGCCUGAUACUGACCCUCUGACAAGGAGCAUCCAUGAAGCAUUGCGACGAAUUAAGGAAGCAUCACCUGAAUCAGAGGAUGAAGAGGAGACUUUGCCCUGUACAGACUGGGAAAAUUAA